UUUUUCUCCAGGGAAGCUGAGGUAAGCCUCCUAUCGCUGGGAGAGAGGGAAGCAGCCCUGGGAUAGGAUGACGGGGUGGUAGGGGCGGCCCCUGGACUGGCUGCCCAUGCGCUCACCUCCUGGGAGAGAGGAUAUAUAUUACUCUGACCAAAGCAUCUUCUGAGACAGUCUGGAAACUGGCAGCACCUUCACCCUGAGACAGCUGGGCCUACUCCCCCUCACUGGAUACAGCUUCCAGCAGACAGAGAAUAGUACCUAGACGCUGCAAGCGGGUACCCGAUACAGAGCCCCCGUGUCGGGAGAUCCUGUCUGAAAGUGUCCUGGGACAGGAGCGACUCUCGUGGUCUGAGUGCAAUGGAACCUCUGCGGGGAACGAAAAAGCUUCUGUCAGGGAGGAGAGCCAGGUCUCUGGACAGGCCGCAGAACCCCAGGAAGGAUUCAGAGUCGUGGGACUGCCAGUGCCUUUCCUUGCCCACCACCCCCUCCAGGAGGAUGCUUUGCCGGACAGCCAGUGAUGGGACCAGAUGUCCUAAGAGCCCAGCUCAGUCUGUGGAGGCUCAGGGCAUCACGGCCACAGCCCUUAGCCCAGAGGAGACCAAGGAGUUUCUCCCCAGUGAACAGGGGCCCCCACAGGACACCAAGAAGGACAAGGCCCAGUGGCGGCCCCAGCAGGGGUGGCUGAGGACCAUGAUAAACUUCUUCCUCGGUUCAGGCCCUGAGGAGCCCAAGGAGAAGGCCAGCAAGAAGGAGAAGGGGAAGGAGGGCCUCCCGCCCACAGAAACCCCCGAGGCACUGGGGGAGCCAGCUCCCAGGAAGAAAUCUCAAAAGAAGGCCAGCCGCAAGAAAUACAGUCACAAGAAACAUGGUGCUGAGGAAACCAAGGCGGCCCAAGAUCAGGAGGCCGGAGGGCAAGAGGCCAACAUGGCUGCUGCCUCACACUGCGAACAGGCCGACCUGGGCCCAGCAGCUGGGGGUGAGGAAGUUUCUGAUCUCCACCAGUCCUUGCUCCUCAAAGGCAGGGGUGCUGGCAUCCGGGAAGUUUCUUCCGAAGCCACAGUUCACCAGUGGGAAGAGGAGCUUAAAAAGCCUGACAAGGAUGCUAUCAUCCAGAAGAUUGUGGAAUUGCUCCAGAGAGUGGGGGACCAGUGGGAGGAAGAGCAGCGUCAAACCCCUCAGCCAGAGGUGGCUCUGCAAAACCCAGCACUAGUCUUUCAGAAGAAAUCCCAAGAGAAAAAGUCUAGCCUCAAGAGAGCCUUUUCUCUUAAGAAAUAUGGCUCCGAAGAGCCCAAGAGAGCGGGGGCUGCAGAUGUUUCCAGCACAGAGUCCCGGCCACCCAAGAGAUCCAGCUUUCUGCCCAUGUGUGUCGGGGGCCAUCGGCUCUCCAGCUCCAGCAGCCCUGGUGUGGAAGAACCUGAAGUCCAAGAGGCUUUGUCUUCAGUCGAUGUGGAUCACAGUCCCUUCCAGCUUUGCACCCCAGCAGGAUGCCGGGGACCUGAAGAGAAUCUGCAGAGGGACAGAGCCUCGGAAUUCAAAGAAUUUAUCCAGAAGAUCAUUGCCCUACUCCAAGAUGCAGAGGAGCAGGGGGGAGAUAAGCAACUUCAAGUCCAGGAGCCAGAGGUGACUGUAGAAAACCUGGCCCCUGCCUGCAGGAGGAAAUCCCAAGAGAGAAAAUCCAGCUUCAGAAAAGCCUUUUCUCAUAAAAAACAUAGCUCCAAGGAGCCCAAGAGAGUCGGGGUGGGGGCUGCAGGCGCUGCCAGCCCAGAGUCCCGGCUGCUUAAGAGGCCCAGCUUUCUGCCGCUGUGUGUUGGGGGCCAUCGGCCCUCCAUCUCCAGCAACCCUGAUCUGGAGGAUCUAGAGUUCCAUGAGCCCUCGCCUGCAGAAGGGGAGCCAGAUGGGUCUUCAGAAGUACCCACCCAGGCCAGAAGCCACAAGCCAGAAGCGGGACCUCAGCGAGGUGGAGCGAGUGAAUCCAAGGAGCUGAUCAUCCAGAAGCUGGUGGCCCUUCUCCAAGAAGUGGAUGGCCAGUUAGGGGACCAGAUCAGGCGACACCCCAGCUUUAAGAAAUUUUUUUACAAGCUCUCAGACUCCUCCCUCAGAAAGCUGCUAGCCACCCUGCGCAGCCAAGAGACCCCUUCCACCGAGUCAGACAGGAACCUCACCAAGAGUCCCUACCCGUUUGUCUUUGGCCUGGCUAACAAAUGUCCUGGCAGCAAUUGCAACGUCGCCCUCAGCCUCGUGGGCCUACACUACAGGCAACCCAGUUAUAGCCAGUUCCCAUAUGGGGAGGCCAAGCAGAACAUCACAAGCUCUCAGACCCAAAGUCCAGAUUGAAAACUGUGCUUUGCAUUCAAGUUCCCGCAAACUAUCCAAACUUUGGCGGCUUUAGCCAGGAAACCCUGAAGAUGCUCUGUGAUGUCCCAAUCCAGUGCUGCAUAGACAGGACUGAAGACAACAGCUGGCAGCCAUUCUGUAUUCAUGCAUCAUUGUGGGCUUCUUGAGACAGAGAAUGCACAGUGUUCUUCCACAAACCUGGAGUCAGAGGCCGUUGGAGGACAUAGCAUUGGACUGGGAUUUAGGAGACCAGGAUUCCACCUGCUGAUCUGUCCCAAACUUGCUGCAAGACCUUGUACAUGUCCCAUGUCCCCUCUUUUCUCCAGACCUUGGAUUCUGGGCUGGAUUAGUGACCCAUCAAUGAGCUGGAGGCAGUCUUUAAGUACUGACCAAAUGAAUAAAUGGACGAAUGAGUGAAUGGACAAAUGAUCGAGAGGAAGAACCCCUGAGAUCCAGACAAUUCUGCUAGGCAUUCGCUGGGAGGCCUUGGUCCUCAACCGGAAUUGUGCAACCAGUGGUUCUAACUCUGAAUUGGGAGUUAGGGAGGAAAUGGGGGAGCUACCUCGACAGUCAUUGGUCCAGAGCAUUGGACCAGGAGUCAAGGCCUUUGCAUUCUGGGGCCAACCCUAGUGCCUAAUGCCAACUUAUGUGCCCUUAUUUUUUUUAUCAUGUAAUUUUCAUGAUCUACCAGGGCUAAAAAUAUGCCCACAUCACAUAAGAGGCCUUUUGACAUUUUUCAGAUGUUAGUUUUAAAUGAGUCUUAGUUUUAAAAAUAAAUUUUUGGUUAAUCUCUCACCAGAACAUCCACAUGCACUUAACAGAAGCGUAUCUAUGUAUAAUACAUAAUUAUCCAGUUGACCCAACAGUGUUUUAUGCCCAUAUGAAUAUGUAGAUCCUCCCAGGAACUCUGCAGCCUCCAGAUGGGGAAGACCUAUAGACUGGGGACAACUGGUCUCUCAGAAUCCUUCCAACUCUGUAUCCUAUAAUUCUACGACCAGAGAAAUGUUGAUGCUUUGCAGCUCUCCUAUCUCAUGGGGGUUUGCCAAAAGCCAGUAAAAUGAAUGUGAAGAGUUCUGAAAUAACA